AUGGGCGGUAAACAAGCAAAACCAGUCUCAACUGAACUCACAGACAAACAAAUUGCUUUACUUAAAGCAAAUACCAAAUUUACUGAAAAAGAAAUUCGCGAAUGGCAUGCGGGCUUUAUUCGUGAUUGUCCUAGUGGCAAACUUGACAAGAAGAAAUUUGUCGAAGUUUACAAACAAUUCUAUCCACAAGGCAAACCAGAAAACUUUUGCAAAUAUGCUUUCGAUACUUUCGAUUCCAAUAAUGAUGGUGCAAUAAGCUUUGAAGAAUUUCUUAUAGCCAUUUCAGCUACAAGUCAGGGUAAUCUUGAUGAUCGUCUUGCCGUUGCUUUUGAUAUGUAUGAUAUUUCGGAUGAUGGAGUAAUUGAUCAAGCAGAAUUAACGAAAUUGAUUAUUGCUAUGUAUGAUCUUGUUGGUGAAACUAAUCGUAAAGGUGAUCAUGAUCCAAAAAAACGUGCUGCAGAUAUUAUAGCACAACUUGAUGUUACUGGUGAUAAAAAAUUAACGAAAGCAGAGUUUGUUAGCGGAUGCAAAUCUGAUCCAAUCAUUCGUAGAUUACUGGCUCCCAACGCCUAA